AUGGCCCUAUACCCGGAUAGUAUUGUUCUAAUGGAGUUCACACCCGUUCAAAUCACGACGAGCUUCGCCAUUCUAGCCAAUUCAUCGAUGUGGUCCCAGAGAACAGCUCAAAGGAUGGCCCGUUGCACCAAAAGUCGUCUAAUAUUAGUGUGUAGAACAUGGAAGCAGGCAAUAGACAUGAUCAAAAUGAACGAUAAAUGGGUGGUCGAUCAUACUUGUAGCAAUCAACCCGGCUCGACAUCAGUUGAUACGCAUCAAUCUUCAAGGCUGAACCUGAACUGUCAAGUCAUUCACCCUAUCUCUCAGUUCAGUAUCCAAUGGAAGUAUCCUGUCUCCGCCGUAUCCAUACGGAUCACUCAUAUUACGGAUACCGACUGGGUACGGGCCAAGUCGGUCAAGGAUCUAGUAUCAUUCCCUGAGCAAGUAAGGACACUGUGCAUCGACCUUGGGAAGGUGCGCGUAUACCAAGAGGUGAUCACGGAUAUAGAAACCAUGUUUAUCCGGUUAACCACACUGCAUAUGAUCCUCUCAAACAACUCCCUCCUUCAGAGAUCCCUAACAAUCCCGACUCUCAUGACCUUGUCCCUGUUGAUUCCUCGUCAAACCACCCUGAACAGCCCACUAGGUGUUCAAUGGUCAUUCCCAGCAUUGCUCUUUGUUGAGGACUCACCGAACGAAAAUCCAAUCCUUGUUCAUUUUCCCCAUGACUCGGCAGACAUUCCACCAAGGCUUCUCCCUAUGCUGGGUACAUAUGCCGAACUUACAAGUUCUGGCGGCGAACUUUGGUCGAAUCGAUCUAUUUCACACUGGGGAGCCAGAUAA